AUGAGUUUACUACUUGAGUUGUUCCCAACUGGGGUGACCAAUUGGUGGUACGAUAUCAACAAGUCCAUUCAAUGGCAACAUGGAAUUUUCUUCACUCUUUGUGCUUUGUAUUCCUUUGUUUCGAUUAUCGCGCUAAUUCAAGUGAUAAGGAUCCAUUUAAGGAUACCUUUAUAUGGUUGGUCAACACAAAAAGUGUUUCAUAUGAUGAUUUUUGUUGCAAAUAGUGUUGGUGCAAUCGUUUUUGGAUUACAUAACAAUUUUUUUAUGUUACAUUCAAAUGUGCUUAUGACUCGCGCGAUUUUAGACCUACAAGGGUUGUUUUUCUUUACAACAUUUACACACCUUGUUUGGUUUUGGGCUGAUGUUUAUUACAAAAUUCGAAGUUUUCCUACGAGUAAGCUCAAAAUUUGGUAUAUUUCGAUAAAUUGUGUAAUAUACUUGAUUCUGGGUUGUAUAUGGAUUUGUAUCGCGAUGAAUGACAAUGACGCAGUAGUACUAGUGAAAUUGUUGUUCAUUAGAAAGAUAUUUGUAGCAGUUAUACCGUUUAUUGCAAAUUUGGGCGUUUUAAUCUAUGGUGGGAGAUUAUUUAUCAUGGUAUGGCGAUAUUUUGAUGAAUGGAGAGGGGGGAGAAAGAAGCUUAGUGAGCUUGGAUAUGUGAGUUGUAUAUGUUUCACGUGUUUCUCCAUUAGCUGUUUUGUGGCAGUGUUAUCGUGUUUUCAUCAUAAUGAUCGUGGUUUGGACCAUCCUGUUUUGAAAAUGAUAUAUUAUAUGGUCGUAGAGAUUCUUCCUUCAGCUCUUUUCAUCUACAUUCUGCAAAAAUUGCCUCGAAGAAGAGUAUCUGGACAGUACCAUCCAAUCAUUUAG